AUGAAUCGACCAGUUGUGAAAAUCCUGACAACGUUCUUUGCGUGCAUCUUAGAAACAAGCAACUUCAGGUUAGCUCUCUCCAAGGAACAUGACUCUAGGUCUUCAGCCAAACCGGUCUCGCAGGCCAUGUCCCCCUCAGAUUUUCUGGACAAAUUGAUGGGAAGGACAUCAGGAUACGAUGCCAGAAUCAGACCAAAUUUUAAAGGUCCUCCAGUAAACGUUACAUGCAAUAUUUUUAUCAACAGUUUCGGCUCUGUCACGGAGACCACAAUGGACUACAGAGUGAAUAUAUUCCUACGACAAACGUGGAAUGAUCCACGAUUAGCAUACAGCGAGUACCCAGACGACUCCUUAGACUUGGAUCCAUCCAUGUUGGAUUCCAUCUGGAAGCCUGAUCUCUUCUUCGCUAAUGAAAAGGGUGCCAACUUUCAUGAAGUGACAACGGACAACAAACUGCUACGCAUUUUUAAAAACGGAACUGUCUUGUACAGUAUAAGGCUGACGCUAACGUUAUCCUGUCCAAUGGACUUGAAAAAUUUUCCAAUGGAUGUGCAAACAUGUGCGAUGCAGUUAGAGAGCUUUGGAUAUACAAUGAACGAUCUGAUUUUUGAGUGGCUGGAUGAAGGGCCGGUGCAGGUUGCAGAUGGGCUGACACUUCCACAGUUUCUUCUAAAGGAUGAGAGGGAACUAGGAUAUUGCACAAAGCAUUAUAAUACAGGGAAAUUUACCUGCAUUGAAGUGAAGUUCCUUUUGGAAAGGCAGAUGGGUUAUUAUUUAAUCCAGAUGUACAUUCCGAGUCUGCUGAUUGUCAUUCUGUCCUGGGUGUCAUUCUGGAUUAACAUGGAUGCUGCUCCAGCGAGAGUAGCUCUAGGCAUCACUACAGUGCUGACCAUGACUACACAGAGUUCUGGCUCUCGUGCUUCACUUCCAAAGGUUUCGUACGUCAAAGCUAUUGAUAUUUGGAUGGCAGUUUGUCUCCUCUUCGUGUUUUCUGCCUUGUUGGAAUACGCAGCUGUAAACUUUGUAUCGCGCCAGCACAAAGAGUUUCUGCGCCUGAAAAGAAGACAAAGAAGACAAAAUAAGUUGAGAAUGACUGGACUAUCAGAGCUACUUAAAAAGUGUGCCGCCAUGUUCCAGGAUGAACCAGGGAAAACCCAGGGCCUGCAGUCCAAGAUUUAUGUGGAUCCAGAAGCAACUCCUCGCUUCAUGAAGGUGAAACCGGAGAAAAUUGCACAUAAUGCAUAUGAGCGUUUGGGGACUGGAGGCUGCUGGGCCCAGUUGCUGAUAUUGGCCGGUUUCCAGCAGGAGGACCUGGAGCUUGAACCCACCAUGUACCCAGGUCCACAGGUGUGGAUCCCUCUGUUCCGCGACCCAUUCAGACACUCAGGGCUGAAUUUUGCCGAUCGGGUGGGCGGCACGACCUCAGCCGGAAAAGUGGAUCCCCGGCGGAAAUACCCUCUCGAGUUUACAGGUAGCAGCCAAUUAAGCGGCGGUCACCGGGACUGCCAACCUGUUUGGACCUUGCGGCCCAAUCAGAGAUCCGCAAUGCCACCAGGAACUGUGGUCACCGCUUAG